CCGGGAUGUCGCUCACGGAACCAAGAUGGCAUCCGAGGACGGUGCGGGUAUCGUGUCAAACGUAGGAUGUGAUGUAAAUAAUACGAGACAGCGGGCAACCGAGGCAGUUGGGAGCGAAACAGUGGGUGUUGCGUCAUCCGGAACGGCCGCGCGUCCCGUCGACGAGGAGACGGCCGACCGCGAGCGUGAUCCCGCGCGUAAUUCACCGAGGACGCCCACGGGUCUCCUUGCAGCGUCACCGUUUCACGCGAACACGGAAGGACACGCGUUACGGAAGGAUACGGGCUUCGCGAGCUCGUCUGGUGAUGUGGCCGAACUGGUCGCGAGCAUUACCGAGACCGACUACCAAACGCCCCAACGCCCGUCCAUCCAACGGCGCAGCAUGUCUCACCGUGGUACUCACCUGGACGACACCGCUCAUCUUCUGGCAGAGCCAGACGGAAGUCCAGAUCAUUGUAACAAUGACGUAGUAAAAACUGCUAAGGAACCGGUCGAACAUAUUGAAUCCACACGUAACAACGAUAUAAUGUUAUCUGGUGAUGUAUUGUCUACAAAAUUGGAAGGAGGUGUUCUUCAACAAAAUUUCUCCAAUACACUACAGUUAGGAGAGAGUCCACAAAGUAAUGGCGAAGUAAUCCAUAGUCCGAGAAGUCCUGACUAUCCUCCAAGAGUGUCUGUCAGUCCUCAUCCUCGUAGUCCAGAUACAACGUUUCCCAUCAGUAUGAUGCCAAUCAAUUCUACCGUUAUGGAUACAGCUAAAUAUAAUGAAGAGGACACCGAUAACGCGGCCACGUGUAUAGAUAAAGUAACCGAGAAUCUGUUUUGUUCGACAUCGCCAGAAAAAUUAAACGAUUCACAAGUUGUUAUUAUAAAAACAGAAUUGAAUAAACAGCAAGACGUUAUUAUAGAAGACAGAAUUACGAACAGAGAAUUAACAGCGGAGCUUACUAAAAUUAAAGAGGAACCUGUAAACUCGCAGGAGGAGCUUCAAAUGAUUAAAUCCGAAUGGAUAGAAGACGGGUUUUCGGCGAUAGAGUCUGACAGACCGGAGUUAGCGACAGCAUCUCAAGACAAAUGUGUGGAUUCCGUUGCUAACCCAUCUUCUAGUUCUCAUUCAAAAACCUACUCGUCUUCGAGAGAAAAACGCUCGAAAGAAGAUAGACGAUAUUGUUCACGAUGUCACAAACGUAAAGGGAUAAAAAGAGCAAGCAUUGGCGUACAAUGUAAACGGGACCGUCACGUUUUAUCAUCGUUAAAUAGCAAGGUUCUUCCUUUCUCGAAAUCAGUCAAUGAAAACCUAAGGUUAAAUCUACAAACUAAAAAUUAUAAGAUGCUAAACAAUCCAGUGACAAAGAAAGAAUUGCUGGAAGGCCUAAAAUAUAAAAAGUUCAUCCAUAUAGAGACGUAUCCUAAUGGCGGUGCGACAGUUGUCCAUAUGUUUCAGGAUGAGAUUGGUACUUUAACAAAUGAACAAAUGCAAGAAUUGGCACAGGAAUAUUUUAAAGUGGUUUUUGGUGAGGACGAAAAUGGAAAUGCUCAUCACGUUAUGGGUAUAGUACAUAAUGCAGCUGCAUACCUACCCGAUCUUCUGGAUUAUAUGGCGAAUAGUUAUCCCACGUUGACUGUAAAAAACGGGGUGUUGGGUAGAAACAGCGAUAUAGAGACAACAACAAUGGCUCAAUAUAAAGAUCAAGUUUGUAAAGCUUAUAGUAACGGUACUAUUAGAUAUGGGCCGUUACAUCAAAUAAGUCUGGUUGGUACUGUUCACGAAGAAGUCGGUGGAUAUUUUCCAGAUCUACUUCAAAAACUGGAAGAAAACCCAUUUCUAAAAAUGACAAUGCCUUGGGGACCUUUGUCCGUCGUGAAGAUGGAUACGCCGCAAGAGUCAAAUGAUGGCCCUAUAUUGUGGAUUCGACCAGGCGAACAGCUAGUACCAACAGCCGACAUAAAUAAAAGCCCAUAUAAACGACGUAGAACGGGUAUUAAUGAGUUGAGAAAUUUACAGUAUCUACCACGACUCAGCGAAGCUCGAGAGUAUAUGUUCGAAGAUCGUACAAAGGCGCACGCCGAUCAUGUCGGUCAUGGAUUGGACAGAAUGACCACAGCGGCAGUUGGCGUGCUAAAAGCUGUCCAUGGCGGCCAGGCGUCCCAAUACAACAGGAUUACAAAGGACGUUGUGGCUUUUUACGCGGGCGACUUUACCGAACUUGUCGAAAAGUUGCAGUUGGAUUUACACGAGCCACCGAUUUCCCAGUGCGUUCAGUGGGUGGAGGACGCAAAGCUAAAUCAGUUGCGUCGGCAGGGUGUCCGUUAUGCCAAAAUAAAUCUUUACGACAACGACAUAUAUUUUUUACCACGCAAUAUCAUCCAUCAAUUUAGAACAGUUUCGGCUGUUUCAAGUAUCGCUUGGCACAUUAGACUGAAGCAGUAUUAUCCAGAAUCGCAGCACAGUACGAGCAUUAGACAUAAUCGCGUAGUAAACGAAUCUGCUCAUCGUAUCAAGGAGAAAAAGCCUCUAGAAGCUGUCGGCGACGAGCAGAAGGAGAAUACAAAUCGGCAGCGUUUAGAACAGAAAUUGUCGAUUGAUUCUUUGGAGAAGGCAAAGGAAAGAGCGGCCGAAUAUCAGGGUAAUUUGAAGAAAUCCGAUCAGCAUGGAAAGCAUCGCAAGAGUCGACAUCACUCCAGACAUUCGUCACUUAAGCGAAAGGACAAGGAAGAUGGCAGUGAUAAUCAGUCAUCAGAUCCGUUUAGUACUAAAUCAUCCAAGAGUGAAACUAAUGAACAGAAACAGAACAACGAUAAGAGAGACGAGAAGAGACCUGAGAAAAAGCACAAGGAUCGCCGUCGCAGCAGCGAGAAAUCGAACAGUCAUCACACACAUAGCAGCAGUAGCAGCUCUGACAAUUGUCACUCUUGUAAAAAGAAAAAAUAUGACAGCAACGGACAUAAAUUAGAUCAUCGUUGUAGUCAUCAUGAGAGAUCUAGCAGUACGGGUAUAUCGAGUAAAGAAAGCAUUGCUGGUGUAGUAAAAGCGAAAAUGGUCCCCAAGUUCGAUAGUUCGUCUUCCUUGAAAGAGACUAAGAGACGAUUGAGUAGCUCAGAAUUGUCUGCGUCGAUAGACAUGCCUGAGGCUGGAGAUUCUUCGAUUAUUCUCGAGGAAGAAUUAUUGACACAGCGGCAAAAUGUUGCCAAAACGUACGCCACCGAAGUUGUGGAUAGAGCGUUGGAGAUAGCUAUUUACAAAUCAAAAACUGAUGUCGAGGAGGUAUGCCAGUCGCUGCGCGCCGAAGUUUCAGAAGCAUCGAAGGAGGUGCGGGAGAAGAUUCAUAAGGAAAGCUUCGAGAUCGCUCAGCAAUGGUUUAAAGAUGACACUGUGAAAUUGGAGAGAUACUGUCGAUUGCUCGAGAUGGAAACCAUAUUGGCAUUUACAUCGAAAAUGGAAUGCGCGACGGAAAAUGCUGUUAAGGCACUGAUUGAAAUGGCGGAAGAUGAGGCAAAAGAGAGAGCAAAACACGAAAAAACUGGCGAUUAUACAACUGAUGGUAAUCCAUGUAGCGAAAAUUCGGCAGCUACAUCGACGAUAACUGGUGUCUCUUCGUAUUCCUCGUCCAUAAUUUCCUCCACAUCUCCGUCUACCGAAAACGAAAGACACAGUAACAGCAGGAACGGCAGCAGUGAUGAGAAUUCGCCGAAAUCGUCCGAAUCUCAUGGUACGGCACAUUCGAAAUCAAAUUGCAGAUGUAGGGACGAGAAGGAAUGCAGAGAACGAAGGCAUAAGAAAAGAAGGGACCACGAGAGACGAGAACGAAAGCACGAUCGACAUCAUCAUCGGAGUCCCACUCAGUUAAAAUCCGAAUCUAAAGCAUCCGAUGACACUAGCAAGGAUAAUGCUUUGAAUAUUUCCGCGCUAUCGCACGGUUACCCCAUUGUCGAAAAAUCGGAGCGGAUGACUUCGAAGAAUGACGAGAAAAAAUCAGAAGAGAGAAGAAAGAAAUGCCACUGCGAUCAUCAUUGUACUCACAGGCAUGGAGAAAAGAGAUCGUCUGGCAAUAGCAGCAGCAGCAAGGACAGCCAUGUGACGUCGAGUCGCUCCCACUCUUCGAGUUUAAAGCACAAGAGAAAAUCCAGCUCGUCUAGCGAGCAUAAGGAAGCGAAGAGACCGUGCUUGGAGAGCAAGGAUUCAAACGUACGAACCUCCGAAUCUAGUGCGCAGCUGAGCAGCAUGGUAAGCGCGACGGCGGUAACAACAACAACGACGACGACGACGACUGCGGCGACGACGAUUGCAACAGCAACAACGACUAAUUCGACGCAUUUGUCGCAGACGAACACUAUUGUGUCGACCACGUGAAAAGGUGAUUUUUUUGCGAUUGUAGUAUAAUCCGUUCGUUGAACGGCGCAAUUCCGUGUGCGACGGAGCGAAACCGGUGUUUGUUACUUGAACGCGAAUUUUAAUCCUAUUCUUAUCUCGUGUGUCUGAACACGCGAGAGGAGAAGGACAACGAGAUAAAUUAUAGACCAUGGAAGAUGUACUUUUACCAAAGUAGAGAUCGCCGUGUUUCAAUCCAAAGACGAGAGAUAGGACCUUUACUUGAUUGAGAGAGUUUGCUACCUUUAUUUUCUUCCGCGAUUAUACAUACACAUAUAUACAUUUUAACACAAGCAUGCAUACCGUCUUAAUCUAAUUAAGAGAGAAGCUAACAAUAUGAGGAAAUGAUAUUGUUCUCUAGAAAGUCAUAUACCCCCCCCCCUUACACACACCUACCUACCUACCUACCCACCCACCUACCUACCUACUUACCUACCUACCGAAACAGGAUCGCAAAAAUUAUUUUGUUACGAAGAAAUCUGGACGUCUCACACUGCUGACAGAAUUACAAUUAAUAUUUCUAGUGUAGACGACCAAAUGAGCAGUGUAAGAAAAGGAAAUAUGUACAAAUUUGUGAUCGCGAAAAAUUAAUUUCAAUUAAUAUGACGGAGCUGUGUACUUGUACAUAGAUUAAAAUAUUUCCUUUUCCGAGAAUCAUUUCUCACCGCGUGAAGAACUUGCUUAAGUUAUUUAUAUGCGUUAUUCUAUGCGUAAAUUAUUUAUGACGAUUUUUAUUGACCAUUCUGCGCUGACAUAAAACCAAGUCUAUAUUAUGGAAACUAGAUUUCCCAGUCGAUGCGGCCGUACUCUUUGCGAUUCUUAAUAGUACAAUUAUAUGAUUGUGCUAUUAAUUAUAAUCGAAGUUUUUAUGUCUUACGUAAUAUGUGUGGAUUACCCAUACAUAUUACAUAAGAUAUAAAAUAUUUAUAUUAUAUGUAAGAUGUUUUGAGAGGUGUAUGAGACAUCUUGUAUAUGUAUAUAUACAUAUUAUAUACGUAUAUACAUAUAUAUAUAUAUGUAUAUGUGUGUGUGUAUGUGUAUGUGUGUGUAUGUAUGUGUACAUAUAUAUAUAUAUAUAUAAAAUUUGACAUUUUAAGGUACUGAAUAUAGAAUAAGAAAGACAUUUUUGCACGUGACUUUACGUUUGGUAUACAUACCGCAAAACUGUCGUGUUAAGUUAUUGAUUUUAUAAUAUUACUUAUAUUAUCUAUUGAGAGUUUAUCUUACCCGAUAGUAAGUAUCUUGAAACGUUAGUUGCUGGAUAGUGUUAGUUUUCGCUGAUUCCUAUUUCUUUUCGCGAGGGGCAUAAAAUAAUAUAUUAAAGUUGUUCGGAAAAGUCUUUUUUUUUCCUUUUUUUAAUCCCUUCGCUAAAGCAUUGAAAUCACACUAACAGACGUACAAACUCGUUACAUUUUCAUCGUCUUUGCAGAUGAAAAUAAUUUGACAGUGAAAAGAUAAUUAUGAUGAAUAUCGCAAAUGUUAAUAAUAUUAGUGAUUUUUUUCUAUACGAGUACACGAUAGAAACAUUCUAAAAACAGUUGAUCCACACAUCUAAAAGUUGUCAAAAAAACGCCGGUGAAACUAUCGACAAUUUCUACAAAUACUAUUUAAAUAGUACAGAAAGAAAUUAAAUUUUACGGAUCUUGAUAAAAAGCGUUAUAUAGUUGUCUCGUGUUUGCGAUAUUAAAUUUCUUCCGUUAUUAAAUACUCUCCUAUAUUAUAUAUUUCAUUACAAUAAUGUACAUACACAGUAAUGAUUAUAUUGUUCGCCGUAUACUUAUUUUAUAAGUUCGUCAUAUUUUAGCACGAUAUACGUUUAUUAUGAUUCUAAUAUAAGAAAGGCAUUAGUAUAAAUGUCUAUGUAUACGUUGUGUUACGCUUUCGUUAUACAGGUAAACCCGUUUCUAGAAUUAACACAGCUAUUUCAUUCUCAUUUCCUUAUUAUAUUAGUUUACAUUGAUUUUUUCAUUGUGUUACAUUUUUAUUACACAGAGUCUUUUAAUACAAAAAGUUUGUAAGUCAAAAAAUAAAAAACAACUUAAUGUAGUAUUUUUAGUUGUAUCUGCGUUAUCUUGACUGGCGUAAUUUUAACUACAGAUUUUUGUUGUAAUGUGAUUUCUUAAAAUAACAUAAGUUUGCGCAGCGCAAGUAUUCUUUUUUCUUUUUUUCUCUUUAAUUUUUUUUUUUAAUUUAAAAGAAGCCGAGAAUGGUACAAGUAAAAUGACAAGAAUGUCUUUAUACUGGGUAAUAAAGUACGACGAAAGUGUACACAGAUAACAGGUGCGUACGUCUGUAGUAAUCUGCGGCGGUAGAGGAUAUACGCGAUCUAUUGUAUAAAAUCAUUUGAGCGUAACAAUGGGAUGUGUGUAAAAUUGCAUAAAUUCUAGUUCCAUAGAAUCGUAGGUGCCUAAACUCAGUUAUGAUUCAAUAAGAUCAUCAAAGAUGAACCUAUAUUCGCCCACAGAAAAAGACUUCUUUUUAGACACUUUUCUAUCCUGGAAACCUUUUCUGAAAUUCGUUUUCACACAUCGUCGCACGAGACGAGCGAGCUUUUCGGCGGAUUGAAACGAGGAAGGAAAACUCGCGCGAAUAAGAAAAAAUUCCAAAAUCGCGAAAUUCAAUCAAUAAGCGGAUAAUUACUUAAGAAAGAACACCAAACGAUGCGUCCCUGAGAUAAAAAGGACCAAAUUGAAAACAGAACGACCGUGUAUGAGUCCCUCCCUUAAGGGAGGCUGGGAUCAAUCGGCAAUUCUUUUUUGAAAUUUAAGUCAGGGUGUAGAAUUCUCCUCUUACGAUUGAGCCCAAGCUCCCCUGGACUAUUUAUUCGAAGCAGUAAUGAUGAAACUAAAUAAUCAUAGGUGCUGGAUACUGAAUAUACCACUUGAUAUUUUAAGGUGCCUUCGCUCCAUUCGUUGCAGUAAAGCUGUACCGGUAAUCACCGAUCAUUUAAGCCCACUCUACAAUGACAGUAACAAGACUGUAAGAGUAGAAAAAUAAACUGUUUUUAAUGUAGUAAAGACUGAUAGUAAAGCCUAUUCUACAAUGGCAGUGAGCAGUAUGGAGUAAUGAGUGAUAACAAAAUAGGAAUUAUCCAUUUCGUAUUCCCACUCUUUACUUCACUAAGACCAAUUUGUCCUCUACUCUUAUAAUCUUGUUACUGCCAUUGUAAAACGGGCUUUACACAGUCUAUAAAGAUAAAUCUUGAUUUUUCAUGUGCGUAUGUGUCGUGUAUGGUGUGCGUGUGCGUGCGUGCGUGCGUGCGUGCGUGUGUGUGUGUGUGUGUGUGUGUAUGUGUGUGUACAAGUAGCCGUAUAAAUUUUAAUCAGCAACGACUAACAUGACGUAUCAACGUGUAUUUUCGCUCCCGAACAUUUCAUCUCGCAUUAAAUUUUUAAGAAAGAGAGGGAGAAAGAGAGAACUAAAAAGAGGAAGAGCAACAAUGAGCAAAUUUUCUUUUACGAAAGAGACUUGUGGAUUGUAAAAUAGACAUCUAACUGUAAAUAAUUGUAAGAUAUUGAAGUUAUAGAUUAGAGGUUUAAGUCGUUGGAAAAUCUCGACGUGCUAAAUGAAAGGCAUGGCACUUUCCUCAGAAAUCCCGACCGUAGUGUGAAUAUUAAAUUAAGAGUAUCAGAAUACACGAUGAAUUAGUGGAAAUGUUUGUUUAAUUAUAGAGGGUUAAGGAUUGAAUUGAAACUAGAAGGGCAGACAGAAGUAAUUUUUAAAAUAAAUAUAUAGAACGAAGUUUAAGCUAAAAUAAAGUUCAUUAAUUAAGAGCACGAAAGACAAAGAAACAGAGUUGAAAAAUCAAAAGACUACUUUUGGCAGUGGGCCCUUUUAGUGUUGUCAAGAGUUAUGCGAAUGAGAUAAAGAAAUAGUCGCAAACUUCCUUUUAUCGAAGUAAAAAAAAGAGGUAAUCUGCAACGAUAGAUCUAUUCUUUGUAGCUGCUAUACUUUUAUCGUAGAAUUUUCUUCCAUUCUCCCUUUUUCAAGGGACUUGACUUGCGUGCUUUUAUUUUAGUUUAAAUACAGGGAGUAUAGCAAAGUGCUGCUAAAAAAAAAUAGGCUUGAUAAAUUGACGCAAGUAUGCAUGCCGAUUUUAGUGUUUUCGCGGCCUUCGAUUUCGUGUUUAGAAGUAGUAUACCUUUUGUCGAUAGAUUUGCAUUGUUGAAUAUACAAAAUCUCAUCGACAUCAGCUAAACGAAAAAUGCAAUCACAUUCAUGUUACCUGCAUAAUCGAUUUUCUGUCGCAAAACGAGCCUUUGUUCGGUGAUUCGUAAAUCCGGCAUUCGCGUUUCUUUCUUUCAUUUGAAUGAAAAAAAGCAGUACAAUGCGAAGCGAAUUCAAUGACCGAUUUGACCAACUUUUUUCACGUUGCGUCGUCCGAUAUUUUAGCAACUAUGAGAAAUACGUAUAAUAAAAGUAGAAAACGGUGUAACGAAUUAUGAAACACGUUUCGAGUCGUAAAUGUUAUAUUGUUUUACAUAGGUCAAUUGUGAAGUCGAUCACAGCAUAUUCUUAUCGUUCCAUUAAAAGAACAAAAAAGAAAAGAUGUAACAUUAGUUGAUAAGAAUUUGAGAGAAAUUGGUCAAAUUGGGUGCAAUAGUUUGUUCAAAUAAAUUUUUAUAAGUACAAUAUAUAUUUUACACGUGCGCGUAUGUAUAAUAGGUAUUACCAAAUGGGCUAAAUGGCAUCGUGCAAAACCAAUCUCUUCUUUUAGUUGAACAGACAUUAACAGGCAUAGAGUGUUAUUAGUUUUUAAAUGUGUAAGCGAGAAAUAAGUUUGGCAAUACUUAGAUAUUUAAAAGCAGAAAUAUGAUUUAUCGGCUUUAUCUCAUGUUAUAUAUAGUAAUCUCUCUUUCUCGUCCUCUCUAUAAUUUUCUACAUGAAUCGCGUGAUUCCCGCAACUCAUUCCUAGCCUGAAAGAAGUACUUUUAGUUUCUAGUGAUUACCUUGCCGAUACCGAUCCCUCAGAAUCUUCGUUCGUCAUAAAGCAUUGUAAAAAGAAAAGAUGAAGGAAUAGACAGAAAGUGCAUAAAGAUAUUACGUAAAGUGGCUACUCUUCCCGCGAUGCAGCAGGGAUUCUGAGAGAACGGGAGGCGACUUGCCCAACGUGCACCGAAACUCUCGCUCGAGCGGAAUUGUAAUCGCUUUGUACAUUUCUGUAAAUAUACUUUUAGACACUCGGUAUGCGUCAGACAUACGGCGCGAUGCGACGACGGGCCGGGACGUAAAUGAAACGUUGGAACAGAACGCGAGAACAACGGAUGAUGGCGAUUUCGCUCAUUCGCGGUGCUAUAAUUGAGAAAGAGAGAGAGAGAGAGAGAGAGAGAAAGUGAAAGUGGAGCUGCAUUGAGGAUCGCAGAGAUUCCGCGAGAGAAUUUACGGUUUUCUUAAAUAUUCUCGUACAAUUCUGAAAAUUAUUCGGAUUAUAUAUAAAUCCGAUUGAUAAUAAUUGAAAUGGCAGGAAUUUACUUGGGGGAAAAAAUCCUGUAGGAGUUGAACGUAACUUGCAAAUUGUAUUUUUCGCUCUUUGUAACAUGCGUGCGUAUCAUUUCCCGACUCGACGAUCGAACAUUCGCUUGUAAAAGGAAAAUCAAUGUAGAGGAGGAGGAGAAGGAGAAACAGGAGGAGGGAGACAGCCCGCGGUAGUUAACGCAUUGGAGAUUUAAUUAUCGCUAUCGAGCAUUUUUAUAUGUACGUGUACAUACAUGUAUACGUAUGUAUAAAAGUCGCUAUUAUUCUAUUAUCACAUAUACACAAUAUAUAUUUGCGUUGACCGUGAGGAAUCGUAAAAAGAAAUAAGCAUAUAAUUAUAAUAUAUAAAUAUAUCGUAGCGUUUAGUUUUACAUAUUAUACCUGUCAUACGUGUAGAAGUCGCAUUCCAACGUCUAAGUUUUUAAUGAAACAAAUAAAUUACUUUGGUC